UCAUUCUCAUCGGACAUAUUUUUUGACUGGAGCGUCCAAUCGCUUUAUAUAUAGUUCCGGAUAAGAGUGAAUGAGUGUAGAAAUAUAGUACAAAAACGGAAACUUUACAGCAGUUUCAGAUUUUCGGUUGUUAUGUGAAUGGAUUAGUUUUAAAGCAAAUAUUAAUAUUAUUUAAGGUUAUUACACAAAUAAAUAGGUAUGUUAAUAGACGUGUAAUAAAAUAUAUUUUGAAAUAUUUGGAAAAUUAAUAAAACGAGAAGAGAUAAAAAUAUUUUUAACAACAUAUGAGUUAUUCUUUGUGCUGACUGAGCUUUUGAAGUACUUAUUAAAAGCUAUUAGAACAUGUCUGUAUAUUUACCAAAAGAAUCAUUACACACUCCACGUAGAGUGCAAAAAUGUUUAUUUGGAUCAGGUGAAAGUUCAAGGAAAAAGAAGAUCUGUAGAAUUCAAAGAGAUUUAAACAGCUCAUCUGGAGAAGAGUCAGAUUUGGGGCCUAUGAAUGUUAUGGAACAUUCUCCACAAAAAGGAAUAUUAGCAGAUUCACCAAAAUUUCUGUCUAACUCUCCAUUCAAUAAUUCUAAUAAGCGGACACCAAAUCAGACAAUACUUGAUACAUCAGAAAGACAAUUUGGCAUAGAGCUGCAAAAUAGUAUAAUAGAAACACCACAUAAGUCUAGAAGUCCAAAAAACAAAUUAAUAACAUCAUUAAAUUUAGAUAGUAAAAUAUCCUUAUCUAGAGUUCAUAGGCGUAAAUCGCUUAAUAUUCUUGAUAUCAUUGAAAAUUCACCUGAGAAAAAAGAAAAUAACUUAAAGAGACAUGCAUUUGAAGAAUUAGAAAAUACAGUUACAAAAUUGCUAAAAACUGAUGAAAAUUAUUUAAUACCAAAAGCUAGAGCAGCUUUAUUUCAAGAUAGAGAUUAUAAAUCAAAACUGAAAAAUAUAACACUCAGUACUAGAAAUUUUUAUAGUAAUUCUGAGACCAAACGUGACUGUAAAAUCAUCUCUGAAUUAGCAGAACAAAAACGACAAGUGAGUUUUAUAAAACAUGCAUCCAAUUAUAAAAGAUCUAUGAAAAAACAUACAAUAGGAGGAAUUAAUGCUGGUGUGUCACAUGGUAUUAAGAAACCAAAACUGAAGGCAAAUUUAGAUAUAAAACAUAAUAAUAGUACAGGGAUGAUUAAUAAUAUACAAUAUAUGAAUAUACAAGAACAUUUUUCAAACGGAGAAGAGCAAAGAACAGAGUUAAUAAGUUCAUCACCAGAAGAAAGAAUUUUAUCACCAGAAAUUGAUCUUAAUAAACGCUUUUUCAAAAUUAGAAGGUCGUCAAAGAGAAAUUCUUCAGCUAUAGUAACUAUAAAUAAUAAUGUGAAAUUAAAGAUUCAGUCAGAUGGUAAAAUGGCACUAAAUCAAAAGAAUGGUAAACAGGCUUAUAGACAACCGAAACAUGUAGAUACUUCUUUUGAUGCAACUGAUUUGUCAGUAGAUGAACCAGAAUUGGAAUCUGCCAUAGAGAAAGAAAGAGUAAGUAAUAUAUUAAAGAUUUUGGAGAACGAUUGGGCUGAUGAUGAUUAUGAUACUAUGGAAGUACUAAUUAAUGAAAGGCAUGAGCAUAUUUCACCAUUAAAGCCAGUAGCAGUAUUGAAUGACGUUAGUAUGUCACCAGCAAGUGAACUUAGUACUAUGACUUCAACUAUGAAUAUUAAGGACAUUAGUACACCAACAGUUCACAAAAAUAUUUCUCUGGACAAUAAUGAAGUUACAUCAGAAGAGAAAUAUUAUCCAUUAUUUAAUAAAGCUUACUCGGUCAAUAAAAUUUUGAGUGGAAAUAAUAAAAAAUCCACAUCUAAUGCAAAAGGAACUACAAAUUGGCAAUUGUCUAUGAAACUAAAUGGUGAUGACAAUCAAUAUCAAUUGGAUGCAGGGCAAAAGAAUUUUGGAGCAACACAAUGUGCUGAAUGCGGUAUUGUAUAUCAAGUUGGGGAUCCAGAAGAUGAAAAUGCUCAUUUAAAUUAUCAUAAUAAUAAAAAAAGUUUAAAAUUUUCCGGUUGGAAAACGGAACGUGUAAUUAUGGAGGAUCCAUUUACAUUAAGUCGAGUAAUCUUGGUAGAACCAAAUGAUUCGAAAAUAUGUUGGAAGAAAGUAAAAGAAGUUUUAGAAUAUGUUGACAGAGAUUUAGGAUUAGCUUGUACAAAACUACCGGAUUACGAGGAGAAAAAAGUGUAUUUAUACAUUAGGGGCAAAGCCAUUAUAGGAGUAUUAGUCGCGGAACAUAUAACGACUGCACAUCGCAUGAUCCCUGAAUUACUAGAACUGGACUGCUGUACAGCAGAAAGUAGCCCUGCAAAAUGUGGUAUCAAUGUUGUAUGGACGGAUUUAAAUCAUCGUAGACAAGGGAUAGCCACUAAAUUGAUCGAUAUAUUACGAGCUCAUUUUUAUUUUGGUUAUGUAAUGCCUAUAGAUGACAUAGCGUUUUCAAUUCCAACUCCAAGUGGAAAAAUAUUUGCUGAAAAAUAUACCAAAACACGGAAUUUCAAAGUAUAUAGUUAAAUGUUAUUUUUGAUAAAAAAAAAAAGUCUAUCAAAAUUUAUGGUAAUAGUACUAUUCAUCACUCAUCUGUUACUAAGUCUAUGUACAAAUAAUAAUAUUGUCAUGCAACUUGUUAUAUUGAUAGGUAUUUACAGAGAACUUAUUUAUUUUUUUAUUGUUUUAAUUAUUCUUCGUUCAGUAAAUGAAUAAUUGUAAAAUUCCUGUCACUUUUGUUUUUAAAUCUUUCUAUUAACAAAAUUGUUUUUUAUGUUGAUUAUUUCUGAACGAAGUUUUUAAAUGUUUUGAUAUUGCUAUUCUACUAUUACUAUUAGUGUGUUUGAAUUGAUUACCAGUCUGUUACUGUGAAAAUUCAAAUAUGCAUGUAUAUGCAAAUAAAUAUUAGGUGACAAUUCUUUUAUUUAAAUACGUAA